AUGGCAGAGGUGGUCAGAAGGCGUCCUCUGAUAGCCGGCCGGGAGAAAGGGCCUGGCCCGGGGCGCUACGCUCUCCCCCCCACCAUCGGUUACAUAAACCAUGACUACACCAAGCCCAGCAGUCCGGCGUACUCCUUCCACAGCCGCAUGAGCAGCAACAUGGUGUCUGUGGACUCCAGUCCAGGUCCUCUGUAUCACGUGGAUGCCAAAGUCACUCGCUUUGGAAGAGACGGCACUCCCUCCUACUCAAUGCUGGGUAGAAAGAAGCUCUCAGCCGACACAUUCCAAACCCCUGGUCCAGGAGCUUACAGUCCAGAGAAAGCUCCUCCGCUGAAUGGCCACCGGCAGCCGCCCUCCUACACCAUGGCCUUCCGCACACGUUAUCGCAGCACGGAUGCCAUCCCCGCGCCCAACCGCUACACUCUGCCCAACCUGCUGGGCUCAUACGUGCCUAACAAGGCGUCCAGCGCCAGCUACUCCAUGUCAUCUCGGAGGAAGUCUGGAGCGCCGUCUGAAGAUCUGGCCAUGACGCCUGGACCGGGACAUUACAACAGCACGGACCCCAGCAUCUACCUGAACAGGCAGCCUUCCUUUUCCAUCCAGAGCCGCCACAGCAUCCCCAAUGACGCCACACGCAAACCCGGCCCAGGCACGCACAGCCCGGAGAGGGUCACCGUCCACCUGCCUCGGCCACCAUCUUUCUCUCUGGGCGUGCGCCAUUCCGAGUUUGUCACACCACUCGUUAUCGAUGUAACUGACUGAGAAUAUGAUAUGAUGAAUUGUGCUUAACAUGACCGGAGACGUGGUCAUGAAGGGUUAAAAUAAGGCCUUA